CGGCCCCUACACUUCCGGGGGCCACUUCCUCCUUUGUCUCCUAGCAACGGCUGGUAGCGUUGUUGACAUCCCGGGAGGCUGUGGCGCCGGCGUGAACCCAGAGUCUCGCAGCCUGCGCGAUGGCAGAGGUGGAGGAAACCUUAAAGAGGAUCCAGAGCCAUAAAGGGGUUAUUGGAACUAUGGUUGUAAAUGCAGAAGGUAUUCCCAUCCGAACAACCUUGGACAACUCAACAACCGUGCAAUAUGCAGGCCUCCUUCACCAGCUGACCAUGAAAGCCAGGAGCACAGUUCGUGACAUUGAUCCUCAGAACGACCUGACUUUUCUCAGGAUUAGAUCAAAGAAACAUGAAAUCAUGGUAGCUCCAGAUAAGGAAUAUCUUCUGAUCGUCAUUCAGAAUCCAUGUGAAUAGACCUGCGAUGGCCAAGGUUGUCCAGCUGACACCAGGUUGGAAACACUUGACUCUCUAAUGAUUAUUAAAAUUCGAUUUCAAUUUAACUCACCCUUGAAACAUUCUUUUCUGUUUCUACAUUUAAACUAUUCUGCAUAUCUCGUUUAGUCCCUUUGGAUGAUAUUGUAAAGUUGUACUUUAGUGUUACAAUAAAUGAAUUCUG